GUUGAAAAUAAAAUUUGAAUAUUAAACAUGUGAACAUAAUCAUUUUACGGUUGCGUUAAAUUGACGAUAUUAAUCGGGAACUGUUUAACCAACGCGUAAUACACGGUACACUCGACCCGGUACGAUUAAGAGGUUAUAAAACUAUUUUCUUUCCUGGAACGAAUAACUUUCAUCUUUUCUAGUGUAUAAAGGCGUGAACGAGCAAAAGUGUGUGCUCUGAUAACUACGACCGUCCAAAUUGUAGUCGACUUUAGACGAACUAACCUUCAUUUCGUAUACGAAUACAAGCCAUUCAAAUUCUUGUCAUGGCAAUGCAUCAUGAUUGACGUUACAUUUAUUAAGUUUCACCUGUGACAUUAAUAUCGCACGAUGAAAACACGCAUAAUGGCCAAACGGAGUAUACACACUCGCAUCCAGAAUGCGAACGCAUUUUUCUAGAACGUUUAACCGGCUCGGUGUCCAAGUCUCGCUCCGGACCGUUGACCGAAACAAAGUUUGUUCACGAAAGUUGAAUGCUGCGACCCACGCGAUCGUUUAUGCUUCGCGGAGGCUCUGCGUCACAGACGAGUCACUCGUACGGUUUAAUAUUCAUCUGAUCUUCGUUUGCAACGUUCUGUGCACGUUCUCAGUGGAAAGUAGUGUUGUUUACGUAUUCUAAAACACGACGAUGCACCGUUAAGGCGUCAAAAUUGUACCGUGGGCAUCCGUUUUGAUGCUGGAUUGUAAAGAUUCGUGUAGCACCAAGAAUAAACGAAAACAGUUCGACUUAAACAUCAAUUGUGUCUCAAAUUAACUCUUGCAUCAGUUCCACGCGUUUCUCGCGAUCGUGUCGCUUUCGAAGGAAGUGCUCUCGAGGGACCAAAUUCAUAUUACCAUUUUCAACAGAUUCAUGAAAUAAACGUUUCUUUCGCGUUUAGUCGUAGAGUGGAGAUUGAUAAGCAGUUUCUCGUUCAUUUUUUUCUUAGAGCAUGAAUGACCCACAACGAUAUCGCGGUCGGCACGACGAUAACUGACACGAUACUUGCUUGCAAUUGAAACAAACACAUCCGUCCAGUACGCUGUACAAUUAAGCGUUUAAGUUUCUUCUCUCGCCGUACUUAAAACAUUGUCGCGCGUGAAUCGUACGAAAUCAAAGUUUUUAUCCUUCAUGAUGUUUCUGUUGGUAAAAUUAUGCGCGUGCCUCUGUCUGCUACAUGUCGUUAGCAGUUCGACAUUGACUGCACCCCCGCAAUCGGCACUGGUGGUCGCGUUCGAGGACAUUUACGAUCUGUCGUUGUUAGCCAACACUUUGUCGGAUCAAGGGAUCGAUGCCACGCUGAUUAUACCGGCGUCCAGCGAGAUCGAUCUCUACGAGACUUUGAUAGACGUGGAAGUGCUGACGGUGGACGUUCGAGUCGAGGCGACCGCGUAUCCCGAGAGCAAAGCGAUUCAAGCUUGCGAAACGUUGCUGAAGAAUAGUCAGAUCGCGAAGAAGAUACAGGAAAUUCAACCCACGUUCGUCAUAUUUCCUGCACUCAGGCACGAUGGCUGCUUGAUACCGUGGACCAAAAGCAUCGAGUCGAUCCCGGUGAUAUGGACGCGUAAUUCGGACGAGGAGGUGUACGUGUUCGAGUACACGGGCACGGCGUUGCCGAUCCAGAACGGCGGAUUUUGGACGAGGCUGCGAACGAGUUUCUCAAGGAGGUCAAUAUUCUCCGCGGGCCGCGACGAGUACGCGGCGUAUGCUCUCCGGAUAGCGGGAAAAUACUUGCCAGACACCGGUUACAAUUUAGAGAAUCUUUACGCGGAUGUUCGCCUCAUACUUCGGGGCGCCGAUGUCCUCCUGCGGUCGGACUUUGCCCCCCUCACGCAGCUGAUAGUCGAGGUCGGCUGUCACCAUUGCAGAGGUGCACACCCGUUGCAAGGGGACCUGCACAAGUCGUUGAUCGAGUUCAGAAUGGGCACUAUCGUGGUGCUCCUGGACGAAAAUUAUAAGACGUUGAUCAGAGAGUUGGCGCAAAAGUUGCCGCAAGGAAGGGAUGGCCAGGCGGUCGUUUGGAAGAAUAUGAAGUGGCAGGCCACGGACGCAGCGCAGCCGGAGAACCUUUUUGUUGUCGCUACGGUUGAUCGGCAAGAUCUGACAGGCUACAGCCGCACAAGAGUGGUGCUGACUCACUGCACGGACUCGGAGCUCCUGGAGGCCGGGUUUCACGGAUCACCGGUGAUAUGCUUCCCCAGGAAUGCCUACGAGUCCAAGAACGCGGCUCGAGCGGUGCAGUUCGGUUUCGGGCGGUCCGUGGACGAUAUCCAUGGCAUUUCUAGCGAGGAAAUAGCAACUACUGUGACCCAGAUCCACGAGACGCCCGAGUACCGCGAAAACGCUCGACGUGUCUCUUUGGCCAUCCGUGACAGGAUAAAUCCUUCGGUGGAUAGAUUGAUCUACUGGCUUGGCUACAUGGCGCGGACCAAGAACGGGAAUCUAGAAUUCCUCACGCCAGUGAAACCCGCGAGAACGCCCAACGAGGACCUUCAGUUUUUCCUUGGCCUGCUCGUGGGCAGUAUUUUGGGGAUUUCCGUGACCGUCUGCGGCACGCUGACGUGGUACCUCCUUGUUUCCAAACGAUCCCAAAGAUCGAAGGGAAGAUACAGGCGGUAGAAGAUACCAAAAUAAAGAGUAACAUUCACGUUGAUCGUUCAGACAUGUGCUUUCGAUAUAAAAUUAAUUAAACCGAAAGUCAUCGAAUUACACUAUCGAAAGAUGAUAUCAGCGUAUAUGUUUGAGCAACCAAUGGUAAAAUAAAUUUUUAAAUAACAAAAAAUAUUCACGGCUAGAACGACGGAAUCCAGGGGGACUGGCGAAUUACGGACACUUUUCGCAUAUGUAUUUAUAUAAAUGCACGUAGAGUACAGGUACAUACAAAUACAAAUGUUACGAGCUAGGGUGUGUUUAUCUCAUUGCUAAUGAAGAGAUGUAACUAUUACGAGAAUACUUGAUCGUUAAGUUGAUUGAUUGGAAAAGCUAGAAGUACAGUGUAGCGUUGUGUGGAAAAUAAAUUACAAAUUUGUCAAUACUGCGCUCUGUAUGUCGUCGUCGUCGUCGUCGUCGCACGAGUGUAUCUCGCUCGUGUGCGUUUAUCGCUAGAUCCUUAAAUAACGUACGGGACGAAUCGGUUUACCUUAGUUUCACGGGGCUCGACUCGUUUCUUCGUUAAGGCCAUGUUUCUCUUAAAUCAGAUCAGGCGUUGUCAGUGUCGUAUCGAGCGAUGACAAUUGGGCGCCGGUAUACAAACUCGCGUAUCAGUGUUCGUCGAUCAUCGUCGGAUCGUUGUAAAAAAAAAGAAAAAAAAAGCACGAUGCUCGUCGUAGAAAAACUCGUUUAUAAGACGGUUAUAAAAUAAAUCGAUCUCCGUGUAAAAAAAUUGAUUGCCGCUUUAUCUUUCAUCAAGUGACACGUAAAAAUCGCGUGCCGCGUGGUUGUAUAUAAAAUGAAACUAAUAUGGUCGACGGUGUAUAAAUGGAUGAUAAAAAUUCUCGUACGAAAUUGGAAAACAUAAUUGUAUGAGACACGAUGAAUCCGGACUUCGUAAUUGACUAGACUGUGGCUUCAAUCGGCUUGGCGUACGCGACGAAACAGUAGCUUCCUCCGCGCCCCUGAUCGGGACUUAGGGACAUUCCGACUUCGAAUCGAUCUUACAGAAAAUCAAUAUUUUUUUUUCAACACGAUUAAAACUGAUUCCUCGAAGGUAGCCUAGCGCUAUUAAUUUUAACGGCGAUUAAGACGACUAAAUUUUUUUAAACUGCGUCAGCGCGGUCGAUCAAUCGGUUUGUGAAUAAUUAGUCGGGACGCGGCGGUGAAAAAGAUCGAGACCUCGUGGCAAACGGCGGGUUCGCGACUCUUUUCCAAAGACACGGAUACGAAACACCCAUCGGUACUCGCGGCGCCGCGGAAAACGCUGGAGCGAUUAACUCUUCGAAGCUCCGGUUUCGUCUUCUCUCGACGCAGCAUUCGAUGAACACGUAACAUUGAUCGAUCGUGUGUAUGCUUAUCUAUAUACAGCGCGACAGU